AUGGUCGCCGACGACAAGAACUCGAAGCCGCCUCCGAACAAAGAUGCACACUCGCGCAAGGAAAUCAGCUCAAAAUAUGUUGUGCGAUUUGAUGAAGUGGCCAAUGCGGAGAAGAAAGUGAAUGCAGGGAACGAGUUAGAGAAAUCGCGCAAGGGAGCUCAAUUGGUCAUUCCGGAGAUGGCUGACAAGAAGCCAACGAAAUCUUCAAGCAAGGCGCGAAAGUUGUCAAAUGUCAAGUCAAAAGUGACCUCAUCGACUGACUCGACGAGGACGAAAGAUCUUGAGAAAGGUGCUCUGGCUGGAGGAAACGGAAUUUUCGACACGGUGAAGAGGAUGUGCACAAAGAAAAUCCUCAUUGCUGCGAUAGUGCUUCUGUUUGUUGUGGGCUUCAUCGUCGGAAUCGUCUUGAUUGCGAAACUUACGUGCACAGCAGAUACCGUCUGGGCGAGCGAGCACCCAACGACACCGAAUUACACCAAUGAGACCGAGAAACCCGAUUCUCCUUCGGCACACGGCGUGAACAAUGGAUUGGGCUAUCGUCUACCGAAGAAUGUGCUGCCGCAGUACUACGACUUGCAACUGAAGGUCUACGUUCCUGGCUUUGGAAGCAAUUUCCCGGCAGCCUGGAAUUGGUUGGUGAAAGGCAAUGUGAGAAUAAAUAUAAAUGUCAAAGAGAAGGUCGACUUCAUUCAACUGAACUACAUCUACCAGGAUAUUGCGAUCAAAGAAGCCUACUUGUAUCUUGUAUUAACAGGAUUGAACCCUCGGCAAUCCCAGGAAGAUAAUUCGUGGAUGUGGGGGCGUAUGCACGUCAGCUACAAUAAAACACUCGAAAGGGGCAUCUUCAGGCUUCUCGAUCGCGCGAUUCCCCCGGGCAAGUAUGCAAUGCUGAUUCGCUACCUAUUAAUCGUGCCCGAGUCUCUGUCUGGCCUUUACCAAUCUACCUAUUUGACGGAUGAUGGAGAGAAACGUUCGAUUGCCACCACUCAUAUGGAGCCAACUGACGCUCGUCGCAUGGUGCCCUGUUUUGAUGAACCCGAAUUUAAGGCUCCAUGGUUGCUUACUGUCCACCAUCCAGUAGGGACGAUUGCUACGAGUAAUGGCGCACUUGUUCAGAAACCCAUUGAAGAAAUGGAUGAAUAUAAAACCCCGUGGUUGCUCUCCAAAUUCAAGGAAACCCCGAAAAUGUCCUCAUAUCUGCUCGCUUUAGUCAUUCACGAUUUUGAUCAAGUUAAUGCCACCACGAAGAAUGGCGUCCAAUUCACUAUUUGGGCUCGUAAAGACAAGAAAGCUCUAUUGAGUUAUGCUCUUAAAUUUGGCAUCAAGUGCAUCGAAUACUACGAAGACUUGUUUGGUAUUCCUUUCCCGUUGAAAAAGAUUGACAUGAUGGCCAUUCCUGAUUUUUCUGCCGGUGCAAUGGAGAACUGGGGUCUGAUCACUUAUCGAGAAAGGGUUCUGCUACUCGACGAAGAAAACGGCUCCUAUGAUUUGCGACGACGAGUUUCUGAGGUGAUAGCUCAUGAGUUGGCACAUCAGUGGUUUGGCAAUUUGGUGACGAUGUCGUGGUGGGAUGAUUUGUGGCUCAAUGAGGGCUUUGCCGAUUACAUUGCGUUUGUUGCCGUUGAAGCGCUUGAGUCAAAUCUUCACGCGAUUGAGUACUUUGUUCGAGAUGAACAAGGCGAAGCUCUAAAUUUGGAUGUGAUGGCUUCCGUUGAGCCGAUUCAUUUCAAGGCAGAAACCUCCGAGGAUGCACGAGACGGCUUCAGUUCAAUCACUUACAGCAAGGGUGGCUCGAUUCUUCAUAUGUUGCGGAAUAUGAUCGGACACGAUAAUUUCAUCCAAGGACUCAGGAAUUACCUCAAGGAUUAUGCCUACAAAAAUGCGGAGACGAAGAAUUUGUGGGAAUAUUUGGAGAAAGCGUCAAAAAAGAAUGCCGACCUUCAAAAAGCAUUGGCUGGACGCUCGUUGGUUGAAGUGGCUGACGGAUGGACUGACAAGAUGGGCUACCCGAUGAUUGAUGUGAAACAGGGAAAGAACCCCAAUGAGUAUGUGUUGACGCAACAACGUUAUUAUCUCGGAAACCCGGCAAAAAUGAACAAGAAGUAUGAGGACUCGCUUGAUUUCCAAUGGACUGUUCCGCUUUUCAUCAAGACAAAGAAUGGAAGUGAAUUGCAACAAAAACUGUACAUACUUCAUGCAGGCAGUCCUUCGUCACCCAAACCCCUCACGAUUUACUCGGAAUCGCUGCCAAUCGUCAACCACGGAGCUCAAUCGUUUGUGCGCGUCAACUACAGAGAAAAUUGGAAAGACAUCCGAAAUCAUUUCUCGAUCACGGUGGACGAGCCGAGUGGCCAGAUUCGACACUAUGAUGACGUGUUUUAUGCAGCAAAAGCCGGUCUCGUACACUACAGCGAAGCUUUGAGCUUUGUGAAAAACUUUCGGGAUUAUUCUUCACCGAUUGCCAAGACAGUACUUAUCGACAAUUUGUUCGAUGUAUGGGCAAGAGUCAACAAGACGAAGAGAGCGUCAGCGACGAAAGUGCUUCGACACCACCUGGGACAGAAAUACUUGAACAAACUCAAUUUCCAAAAAGUGCUCAUGAAACUUGCGGACGAAGAUAAAACUUUGGACCAGCAAACAGUAAAUUCACAAACUGAAAUCAAAUUCCUACGAGCCGAAUGUCGCCUUUGGCCAGAAAAAUGUCAACCUAAACUCCAGGAUGCUUUCAAUGUGAUGACCUUGAACGAAUGCCAAAUGAAAAACUCAACGGAAAAACCAAAAACCAGUAAAUGCUCAAAAAUACCACAAGUUUUUCGUAAAUGGAUUUACUGUGAAGCGGUUCGCAGCGAGGGAAAUAACAGAACCAUUUUCGAUACUGUGAAGAAGUUCUAUAAAAACGAGAACGAUCAAAUCGAAAGCAACGAUCUUCUCAUGGCGCUCACUUGCACGAAGAACUGGGAUCUCAUCGAAGAACUUUUGAUCGAUAUCAUCAAGAAAGUGAAAGACGUUAAGCAACAGGAUGUCACCUUCAUUACACGUCCCUUGUCUGGUAGUGAUGAUCACGCGGAAAAGUUGCUUGACUUUUUGGAGAAACACUACAAAGACGCGGAGAAAAAUUUGGAAAACAAGGAGCUUGGCGAGUUGAUCAAAGCCGGCAUCUCACAAAUCUCCACAGAGAAAGAUUACGCAAGGGCUCAAGCGAUUCGCGAGUCGGCCACAAGGUUGCAAAAGAGUGCCAUUUGGGAUAAAGCCUUUGAGAGUUACGAGAUUCGCGAGAAGUGGACCAAAGAGCACGAGAAAGAAGUGGUUUUAUGGUUCGAUCGCCACGCCAAGCAACUCGAUAAUCUGAUGCCCAAAUGGACAACGACGACGAGCCGAUCAGACUGGACCUUUCCA